AUGGGUGAUAAUACCAGUAAUACAAUCGCAAUUAAUCUUGAUCGAACUAAUGAUUUUUAUUUUUCUGGUGAAUAUGUUUCUGGAUCUGUUAAUUUAAAUAUUAUGGAAGGAAAAUUAGAAGCUAAUGAAAUUAAUCUCAC